AUGGACAAGCCCACCAACAUCCGUAACAUGAGUGUUAUUGCUCAUGUCGAUCACGGAAAGUCCACCCUCACCGAUUCGCUCGUCUCGAAAGCUGGUAUCAUCGCAUCAGCAAAGGCUGGCGACAUGCGAUUUACCGAUACAAGAGAGGACGAAAAAGAACGCGGUAUUACUAUAAAAUCAACCGCCAUCUCCAUGUACUUCGAGGUCGACAAAGACGAGGUCUCCGCCAUCAAGCAGAAAACAGAGGGCAGCGAGUUCUUGAUUAAUCUAAUCGAUUCCCCUGGCCACGUUGAUUUCUCAUCCGAGGUCACUGCCGCUCUCCGUGUUACCGACGGUGCCCUCGUUGUCGUCGAUUGUGUUGAAGGUGUCUGCGUGCAAACAGAAACCGUGCUCCGUCAGGCCCUUACCGAACGUAUUAAGCCCGUCGUCAUCAUCAACAAGGUCGAUCGCGCUCUCCUCGAACUCCAAGUCACGAAGGAGGAUCUCUACCAAUCUUUCCAACGUACAAUCGAGUCCGUCAACGUCAUUGUCUCGACGUACCACGACGCUGCUCUUGGUGAUGUCCAGGUCUACCCCGAUCAAGGUACCGUCGCUUUCGGCUCUGGUCUCCACGGAUGGGGCUUCACUCUCCGUCAAUUCGCCGCAAGAUACGCUAAGAAGUUCGGUGUCGACAAGGAGAAGAUGAUGGCCAAGCUCUGGGGCGACAACUUCUUCAACCCCGCUACCCGCAAGUGGACAACAAAGGGCGCGGACGCCGAUGGCAAGCAGCUUGAGCGUGCUUUCAAUAUGUUCGUGCUCGACCCCAUCUUUAAGGUCUUCGAUGCCGUGAUGAACUUCAAGAAGGAUGCCAUCGCACCCAUGCUCGAGAAGCUUGACGUUAAGCUCGCUUCUGAGGAACGCGAUCUUGAGGGCAAAGCUCUCCUCAAGGUCAUUAUGCGCAAGUUCUUGCCCGCUGGUGACUCUCUCUUGGAGAUGAUAGUCAUUAACCUUCCCUCCCCCGCUACCGCUCAACGCUACCGUGUUGAGACCCUCUACGAAGGUCCGAUGGACGACGAGUCCGCCAUCGGUAUCCGUGACUGCGACCCCAAAGGUCCUCUCGUCCUCUACAUCUCCAAGAUGGUGCCGACAUCCGAUAAGGGUCGCUUCUACGCCUUCGGUCGUGUCUUCUCUGGCACAGUCCGCUCUGGUCCCAAGGUCCGCAUCCAGGGCCCCAACUACAUCCCAGGAAAGAAGGAUGACUUGUUCGUCAAGUCCAUCCAGCGUACCGUGCUCAUGAUGGGCCGAUACAUCGAGCCCAUUGAGGAUUGCCCGGCCGGUAACAUCGUCGGUCUCGUCGGUAUCGAUCAGUUCUUGUUGAAGAGCGGUACCCUCACCACCUCUGAGACCGCCCACAACAUGAGGGUCAUGAGGUUCUCCGUGUCCCCUGUCGUGCAGGUCGCCGUCGAAGUCAAGAACGCCGCUGAUUUGCCCAAGUUGGUCGAAGGUCUAAAGCGUCUCUCCAAGUCCGACCCCUGUGUACAAGCCUGGAUAUCGGAAACUGGUGAGCACAUUGUCGCCGGUGCCGGUGAAUUGCACUUGGAGAUUUGCUUGAAGGAUCUGCAAGAAGACCACGCCGGUGUUCCCCUCAAGAUCUCUGACCCCGUCGUACCAUACCGCGAGACCGUCAAGGCUGAAUCCUCCAUCGUCGCUCUCUCCAAGUCACAAAACAAGCACAAUCGUCUCUACAUGAAGGCCAUGCCCAUUGACGAGGAGCUCACCAAGGCCAUCGAAGAGGGCAAGGUCAACGCCCGUGACGAUUUCAAGGCCCGCGCCCGUAUCCUCGCUGACGAAUACGGCUGGGAUGUCACCGAUGCCCGAAAGAUUUGGUGUUUCGGUCCCGACACCACUGGUCCUAACUUGCUCGUCGAUGUCACCAAGGGUGUGCAAUACCUUAACGAAAUUAAGGAUUCGUGUAUUGCUGCUCUCCAGUGGGCUACCAAGGAGGGUGUCUGCGCUGAGGAGAACAUGCGUGGUGUUCGUUUCAACGUUAUGGAUGUUACGCUUCACGCUGAUGCCAUCCAUCGUGGUGGAGGACAACUCAUCCCCACGUGCCGACGUGUUUGCUACGCCGCCUGCUUGCUCGCCACCCCCGGUCUCCAAGAGCCCGUCUACUUGGUCGAAAUCCAAUGUCCUGAGAACGCCAUCGGUGGUAUCUACUCUUGCUUGAACAAGCGUCGUGGACAGGUCUUCAGCGAAGAACAGCGUGUCGGAACACCUAUGUUCACCGUCAAGGCCUACCUCCCUGUCGCAGAAUCCUUCGGCUUCAACGGAGAGCUCCGCUCACAUACUGCCGGACAGGCCUUCCCCCAGAGUGUCUUCGAUCACUGGGAGAUCAUGCCUGGAUCUCCUCUCGACAAGGGCAGCAAGAUCGAGGAAGUCGUCACCAAGAUCCGUGUCCGCAAGGGUCUCAAGCCCGAGAUUCCUCCCCUCGACACCUACUACGACAAGCUUUAA